UGGACUUUGAGAUCAGGAUCCAGCAUUCUCCCCUCUCCGGUUUCAUCUUUCACCUGGAAGAGAGAAUGCAGAUCUAAUUAAGCCCUACAUCAAUCACACAGACUUCAAACAAUAUACAGUUCAGUACAGCACUAAAUCGGGUUCACCGUUCAGUGCUAAUAAGUCAAGCAGGCUAUUCUGUAUUCCGACGUUAUCAAAAUAAUUGCCUCGAAAUAUUUCAUAAAGAACUCAUGCCUUCACUCUUGGGCGAAACUGUCUGCCAUGCUAUGAAUAUAUGGGGAAAAAAUAAUAAUCGGAACCGAACCAGACAAAAUAAACAUGAACACGAGGAUUGCAAUUUGAUACCACGUCCUUCACGGGAUGGGGAAACUUCCAAAACCUUGCAGAUACAUCUCGAGCUCAUACCACCCUAUAAUUUCAUGCCUUAUACAAUACUGUAUUUUAACAACCAAAAAAAAUUCAGGGAAUAGGGGAAAAUGUAACAUUAUGUCCUCCCGUUUGAGCCAAGCUGAAAAGAAUAAAAACUUCCAUAGUUACAUAAAAGACAUAGGCACUUAUUAUCGCCAGGUAACGAUCAGUUCAGUUGUAGCCUUGGAUGCUUUCGUUUCUCGGAAGGAAGGGCGAGUGGUGCGCAACAACGGAGGAGCAAUAAUAAAUUGAGUCAUCGUCAUUAAUUAAUGCAGUUAAUGACAGGACGCAAUUUCACUCCAAGGCCCAAUCGUGCAGAGGGAAAAGGAAAAGACGGAAAACCCAGUGUGUGUAAGCUAGCCGAGAUCGGUAUAACCGAUGUGAUCUAUUCUCGUCUCUCCGUGUAUCCGUGCAUCUACAGGGCCAAAUGCACUAUAGGCCGAGACCACGAGGAGGAAAAUAAACUAUCGCUUGCAGUCGCACAGAGCCUUGGAGUAGCUUAGAUGCGGAAGGAGGAGAGAGCAAGACCCGUUCCCUUCCUUAAGAUCCGCCUCUGACAAGUGGUUUUUUCUUCCCCUGAGGAUAAGAAUCCCAGUGUGUGCACUGUCUCCUGGCUAUACAUGUUCUCCGAAGCCAAGUCCUCUCCCUCCUUACUGGUCAGUUCUUCCCUCGCGUCUACAUGCGGCUCCGUUUUCCGUUCUCCUUCCACGGCGGACAGAUGCAAGGACGACGAACGGAUGAGUGAUUGUGUAUUCGGGGAAAUCCCGUCUCUGCCAUUGGAGUCCCGAUAGGGAAGCGGAUGGGAAAAACCCCCGAGGGGAAGCGUGAAAUCGACUAGACUAUGUGAAUGAUGGCGACCUUCGCGCACUAUGUGAUCUGUGUCCUCUCUCUCUUGUUAUUACCGGGUGGAUGGGCGAGGGACGAACCGGAAUGUUGCCCGGGCCAGGACCAGUAUUUAGUGUACGAUCGAGAGACGAACGUGACCGAGUGCCACAUACGUGCCACCAAUAGGACGAUUGGACCUCCUUUCUUGCCAGACUGCGAAACAGAGGUCAAACUAGUCCUAGACCAACCUGACCCUAGCCUCCUUGCCAUUACUCCUCGUUGCCGUGAUGAACUCCUCGAGGAGGACGGAACCUUCGUCAACGCUUUCCUCUUCUGCCCCUCCUCCGGGUUUGGAACUGAUCCUCCUGACCUUGAGCAAGGAGGGUCAAAAAUCCUCGUCCGAAAAUGCUGUCCUUUGGAAGAGGGCUAUGACCUGCGCCAGCAAGAAUGCGUCCCCCGUCCCUUCUCCUGGUGGCUCCCGGUCUUACACCCAGAGACAAGGGAAGUUCGAAAUCUGUCUUCAGAUAAUUAUCAACUCAAUAUCGACGACCUGUCUUCUAUUCCUUGUGCCAAAUAUAUGCUGACUCCAAAGAAAGAUCCUCGGGAGACAUAUCAUGUGCUUCGUAACACGGGGCACCUCUACAUCCAAGCCUUAAAUUCCACAUAUUCUCCUGAAGAGUUCUGCCUCGAUCACGGUCGUAUUGAUAAUGAAUCUUGGAUCGACCUAGCUCGCAUCUGUCACCCUAAGGAGAAGAAGAUCCUAGCGGACUGCAAGGGGAAAGUGUGUGUUCAAAAAUGCUGUGUCCAGACGGAUUACUUGCACGAGUCCGGAGUGGGACCCCCUCGAUGCAGUCCAGCUGAAAGGCUCUGGGAUUCCAAGAAAAUUUUCCAUUCUCAUCCUCCUGCAGAAGAAGUCCACGUGAUCACGAAUUUCCCCUUAUGUCCCGGAAUGACGGGGAGGGGAAUUCCAUUACGGCCGACCAAUAAUCCAAAAGAUAAAUUCUAUUUGACCGAGAGUGGAGGAUUGAUGGUCGAGAAAUACAAGAUGGUUGUCGAUGUCCCCAGAUAUUGCGUCGAUGAUAUAGGGGCAAGCAGCGGGACAUUAGACCCCAUAGCCAUUGUCUGCUUCCCUGAAGGCUCUAAUGUAAAGGAUAAGGCGAGGGAAGUCAUUUACAUAAUUUAUUCCGUGCUCCUCGUUCUGUCGGCCACGUUCCUCCUCUUAACUUUCCUACUCUAUCUGAUUUUACCCGAACGGAAAAGCCUCCACGGGAAGACACUUCUAUGCUACGUGGGCUGCCUCCUGGUGGCCAGCAUUGCCCUCUCCGUCGCCCAAAUCGGCUCCGACAACGGCAUCUCCAAUUCCGUCUGCCUCGCUGCCGCCUUGGUGACCUUCUUCUUCUACCUCUCUGCAUUCUUCUGGCUCAACGUCAUGAGUUUCGACAUCUGGUGGAAUCUCAGGUGCGACAAUAAUUUUUUUUCUUGAAUUCCAGCUCGUGCAUCAUCGACAAGAUGAUCAUAUUUAUUUUGACUUCAGCCAUAAUUGCCAGCUGCCUGCCCACUAAAUUUCCCUCCACUCCAUCUCUCUUUUUCUUUCAUGUUGAAUGCAGUGACCUGAAAACACACUCACGCGGUCGAGGGCACGAGAGGAAGAAGUUGAUUCGCUAUAGCCUAUAUGCUUUUGGUGUUCCGGCAUGCAUUGUCUUAAUAGCCUGUGUCGUGGAAUUCGCCCCCAACAUUCCGCCUCAUAUCAUCAAGCCAGGAUUCGACCCUGCCAAACGAUGUUGGCUCUAUGGUACGUAACCCCUUCUGAGUCAUACAUGACGUGCCCGGGUCACACUUAUUGCUACAUACUCAAAGAAAAGUGUUCCAAAGUUGGCAAAACUUGAUUUCUUGUCGUACAAGAUCUCCAUGGUAAAGGGUUAUUUUCUUUUAUUUGAACCAAAGUAGCAUUGCAUUAAUGCAUAAGAAUAUGACCGAAGGCAGAAGGCUACCAAUUCGAUGUCCGUUCAUUCAAUGUCUAGAUCAUGCUGGGACCAUCUUAUACUUUUAUGGGCCAAUUGCCUUGCUCCUGGUUGCAAAUGCCAUUUUCUUCGCCCUUACGAGUCGUUAUUUGAUUCAGCAUGCCAAAGACACUGCUCAUCUGACCCGCAGCCAAGAUCAGAAACAGAAGUUUCUGGUGUACAUAAAGCUGUUUGUGGUGAUGGGAGUGAGUUGGCUGAUGGAGGUGAUCAGCUUCCUUCUCGAAGAGCCAAAAGAGGCUUUUAUCCUCACAGAUAUCAUCAACAUUCUGCAAGGAGUCUUCAUCUUCCUUAUCUUCAUUUGCAAGAAGAAAACGAUCAAAUUCCUGAAGAAAAAAGCUGGUGAUUGGUUCUCUCGACACGACAGCAUAGAGAAGAUGUCUAUGGGGACAACAAAAUUUGGGACGGGUCGAGGUCAUCCGCACUUUGAUUCAAAGUCCACAGCCGAGUCCAAAGGUCCCGAUCACGACGUCAGUGAGGCUUACACCUCAACACUUGACAAUAGUGAAGUCUCUGAAGUUGGUCCAGGGGGAAAGAAGAGAACUACCAACAGGAGUGAUAGCUCACGCACCAAGAGCACUGACAUCUCUGAGACUUCCACUUGAAAGAGUAGACGGCCAUUACUUCUGAUCUCUGACAGUCUAUUCGCUUCAUUAUAUCAAUUUUAAAAAGUCAUGUGAAAGGUAUAAAAUAAAAGUUUCAAUCUACUCAAAA